GCAACGAUACUCGUCCGCAGUCUCAUUCGGGUCCCGAACGAAGAUCGUGUUGCGCACAUCUCUCUCCUAGUAUAAUACAUUGCGCGCGCGCGCGUGCGGCCCUCCUUUUCCCGAGCACUGCUUGAUUGGGAAAUGAUUAGUUAUCUUGUUUGGCACAAGAAAUAAGAAGAAGGAAUUGGCAGGACUGAAAUUGUUACGAGAAAAGUGGCCGGUUCGCAUUAUUUUCGGUUGAAUAUUUUUAGAAAUUUGUGGCUGGUCUUACACAGUGUUUGUGCCCAGAGUCUCAGCUGUCGCCCUGCUAAUCAUUUCAGUUUUCAACUCCAUUAACGUGAAUUGGACAUCCAGUUUUGAAAAGAGAAGCUCAAGGAAAUCAUACAUAUAUUAGUCUACACACGGACGGAGGGAAAAAACCCUGGAGGGCGGACUAGCAGACCGAAAUAGCCGACACGCCGCCCUGCACGCCGCUAACAAGGUGGGCUGACGCUGAUCUUGAUGGAAAUUUCAGAUUCAUCAAGCAAUGUGAUGAAUGCCGACAUCAUUCACCACACGCACAACCACACGGAGGAGGAAGAGAAUUCGGUUUACAGCACGGGCAUGGUGCCCGACAUGAUGUGGAAGAUUCGUGAAGAUUGCGAACGACUCAUGGCCAAUUACAACGAGUCUUCUGAAGAGCUUUAUUGUCCGCCUACGUUCGAUGGAUGGUCUUGCUGGAACGCUACUCCCGCUGGCCGGAUUUCAGUAGCGCCGUGCCCAUAUUUCAUCACCGGCUUCGAUCCACAGAGAAUGGCGCACAAAGUGUGCACGGAGGAGGGCACCUGGUUUCGGCAUCCGCAAUCCAACCUAAUUUGGUCGAAUUACACAACUUGCGUCGACGUCGAAGAUCUAGAGAUGAGGCAAGCUAUCGUUAACGUCUACAUCGCCGGUUAUUCCGUUUCGCUGAUUGCUCUCGUCGUUUCGCUUGCCAUUCUGAUCGGUUUUCGGCAGAGUUUGAAGUGUACACGCAUCUACAUCCAUCGCAACCUGUUCGCUUCGUUCAUCAUCAACAACGCCAUGUGGCUGCUGUGGUACAAGGGCGUGGCCGAUCAGCCGGAAGUGCUCCUCGAUAAUCGGAUCGGCUGCAAGAUCCUUCACGUCCUUCUUCACUACUUUCUAGUGUCCAAUUACUUUUGGAUGUUCUGCGAAGGACUCUACCUGCACACGGUGCUCGUGGUGGCCUUCCUUUCCGAGAACUCGAUAAUGAAAUGGUUCCAUUUGAUCGGCUGGGCGUUACCUGCCGCCGUCACAGCAACUUACGCCGGCGUCAGGGCCUCCAUUCCCGAAGAAACCAACCAUUGCUGGAUGGAAGAAAGUCGGUCGACGUGGAUCCUGUCCGGUCCCGUCUGUUUGUCUAUGCUGACAAACGCCUUCUUCCUUGUCAACAUCGUACGUGUCCUGGUCACCAAACUAAAGGCACCCAACACGACCAGUUACAACGCGGCGCCUCAAGGACACCGUUCCAGCGAAGCUCACAGAGCAGAGAUGCUCGCGGACGGCCAAAGGCCAGACGAAGCUGAUGGACGAACCAACGGCCAUGUUCCAGCGCUUUCCAAUUCGUCGGGAGGCGGUACGUCAUCUCAUCGCACCAGCACUUCCCUCAACGGUCUUCGCAAAGCCGUCAGGGCUACGUUGAUUUUGCUGCCGCUACUCGGACUUCACUACGUGGUCAUGCCGUUCAGGCCGGAAGCCGGUGCUCCGGGAGAGAUCGCCUAUCAAAUCGUCUCGGCCAUUUUCACUUCGUUCCAGGGUCUGUGUGUAGCUUUCCUGUUCUGUUUCUGCAAUGGUGAAGUGUUGAAAGUCCUGCGAAAGGAAAUCGUCCGUUACGCCGCCACUCGUAAAGUUGGCCUUCAAAACCGUCGGCUGAUUUUACGAUCGCAGCAGCCGAUGACCACCGAAUUGUAAAAAACAACUGCGACGCGCAAAAAUUAGAUUCACAUCAGUCAAUCUACAAGACAGCUGAUACAUAAUAAAUUGAAUGGUGCGGCCGUAACGUGAUCAGCCAUCUUAAAUCAAUAUCUCGUUAUUAUUUUAGAAAUUUUCAUUUUGUUUUUUUAAAUCCCAUUUCAUUCACCGCCAAAAAUUUAAACAAAACAAAAAUGCAGAGCUUUUGCAUUUUAGUGGCUUUAAAUUCUUCCUUAUUUUUUAUUUUUGCUUCCUGCAUGGCGUAACACUAUGAAGAAUCAAAAAUGUUCAUCUAAAUCGUAGCCUAAAGACGACAUUGCAAAAUCAAUAAAUCCUUCGUUAUUCUAAUAGGCCCAACCAUCAAUUAGCUCGUUGCGCACUCGCCUCAAUUCGCUUGAAAUUUCAUUCGUUCAUGACGCCUCUAUGGCGUCUAUACUUGUAUUGUCAUGUAUAGAUAAGACGCCCUACAUAAAAGUAAAAGAAGUAAAAAAAAUAAUAAUAAAAUAUUAUAUAUGCAAAUAUCUGUGGGCAAGGUGGGGAGCCAAAAAAGAAACAGAUGACACCGCGCCAAAAAAGGAGGGAAAUACUUUUAUAUAGCACCAGUUCAUGAUGUGUAUAUAUAUUUAGUCAAUAUAUAUAUGUAUUAGGCUAUUAUAUUAUACGUCUGUAUCAUAUUAUAUAUUAUUACAUAUGCAGCCAUCACCAUAUACAGACGAUACAAAAUCUUGUGACUGUAUCGUUUGUUUCUCCUUGGCAAAAUUUCAAUACAUGUCAGCGUUUUUGUGUUUGGAAACAUCAGCUGACGUUAUGUAGUUGUAGUUGAAUGUAUAGACUACUAUACAUGUGUAUGUAUAUAUACUUUUGGAAACUCGUGAUGUAUAACCUUUAAACGUUUAUAGCAUUGUGUGGCACGUUAUAACCAUGACACUAAUGUAUAUAAACAACAUUGUUGUUUCGUUUUUUUGUUUUUUUUGUUUUGCUUUCAGAUGAAAUCAAUAAUUGAAGUGAUGAAUAAUACACGGAAGCAUAUACUGUCGUAUAUCCAGCAAUCCCCA